AUGUAUGACUGUCUUCUUGAUUUGGCGGCACAAUUUCAAUUAGAAACUAAUAAACACAUAAGUUUACCGAAUCAAAGAUUAAUGCGAGAAAAUAUUAUGUUAAAAAAUGAAUUAUUGCAAAUUUCGAAAGACAUUUCAUCGAAAAUAGAUACACAGGUUUAUCUCAAAAACUCCGUUAUUGAACACAAGAAAAGAAUUGGUGUACGAUCUUCAUAUGUGAAACAAAAUAUAGUAGUUUCAAAAGUACAGGAUGCAGUUUUAAAAUGUUUAAGAAAAAAAUUUGUAAAUGCGAAAGAAUAUCUUUUGCCUGUUAAUAUUCCUGAUCUUGAAGCUGAAGAGAGAUAUUUAUUGUUAAUUCAAAAUGCUCGUCAAGAAGAAAACGAUAUCAAUUUCCGAUUAUCGUCAGUGAAAACAUUACUUCAUAAAGAAAGAGCGAAAAUUAAUGUUGUAAAAUAUGUACUAAAAAAAUUAGAAUGCAAAAUAAGAGCACUUGUGGAGACAAUUUAUGAUUUCAAAUAUACCAUAACAUGUUCACUUAAGUGUCCUUGUAAUUAUAAGGAUAUGGCAAAAUUUUGUUGUUUGGAAAUAUUUCUACUUUUGAGAGACAUACUUAUUAAAGGACAAUCAAAACUGCAAAGUAACAUUGUUAAAUCGCUUGAAACUAUACCACAAGAAUUAGUAUCUUACAUAGAAGAUUUCAAAGAAUUUCCUGAUGGUAUUGACUAUGAGAUAAUGACAGACUUUACAGAAAGAGAAUUUUUGGAAUUAGAAUUUGAAGAAAAAGAAUUUACAGAGGAAAUAGAACAUAUUGAAGAUUCAGAGAAGCAGAAAGAAAUAUCUACCGAAAGCAGUGAAUUCCAAAAAGAUAUUGAGGAGGAGGAGGAUGCAUCAGUUGAUUUCGAUUUGGAAAAAAUCUAUGACUUACCUGCAGAUGGAGAGUUUGCAGGUGAAUCAUUACUUGAAGAAUAA